CUCGAUGGCACGGUCAACUGGUCGUGGGCCACGACCUUGAUUCCGCUCUGGAUCUGCAACGCGCUCGUGCUGCCGUACCUCGUUCACAAGAACAUGAAGCCCAUCAAGAUCAACCUCAACACGAGCGAAGAGACGCCGCUUGUGGGCAAGGCAGGCGAGAAGACGAUGGCCGAGGAAGCGAUGGAGUCGGCCAACUGCUUUAUCCACACGACGCGCAACUUGGCGCUGCUCGCGUACUUGACGUCGCAGAUCUUUGUCGUCCUGCGCCUCGACCACGUCGUCGAGUGGCACUGGCUCCUCGUGUUCAUUCCGUACUACGUCGCCAGCGUCCUCUCGUGCGAGGGCUUUGACUUGAUCCAGUCGCUCCUCAUUGCCGCCAAGAUGGACGGCAUGCUCAACUCGACGUGGCUCUUGACGCUCAUGCCGUCGUGGGUCGGCCUCGCCAUCUUCCUCGUCUUCCUUCCGCUCCAGACGUACUGGGCGUUCAAGGCGUCGCCCGAUGACGACGACGACGUCGAGCCCAAGUCGCGCGUCUUCCGCUUCUUCCUCGCGCUCGGCGUUUUCUUCAGUCUCGUCUUCCUCUCGUCGCCGAUCUUCAUUGCGAUCUACCGCCUCGACUACGCGGCUUUCUCGACGUUUUACAUUGCCCUUCCGUUCUUUGUCCUCGUCGGCGUGGCCAUCGUGGCCGGUCUCGCGUCGGUGUUUCUCAUGACACCCGAGCCGACGACGAGCACAAUUUACGUCCACGCGGCCGCCGACGACGAGUGCUAA